UUUGCGGUGAUGAAACAUGUCGGGGGCUCCUGCAAUUGGAAUUGACUUGGGCACCACAUAUUCCUGCGUCAGUGUCUUCCAACAUGGAGAAGUCGAGAUCAUGCCAAAUAAUCAGGGAAAUCGAACGACACCGAGUUGUGUCGCCUUUACAAACGAAGAAAUACUGAUCGGUGAAGCAGCUGAAGAUCAGAUCGAGACGAAUCCGUUCAGCACUAUCUUUGACACGAAGAGAUUGAUCGGCCGUGGCUACUAUCAUAAUACGGUACAAACAGACAGGAGAUACUGGCCCUUUGUGGUGGUAAGUGAUAAAGGUAAAGCAAAGAUCAGGGCUUUAUACAAGGGUACAAUAAAGAGAUUCUUCCCUGAAGAAAUAUCUUCGAUGGUGCUUAAGAAGAUGAAGCAGACAGCAGAAGCGUACUUAGGGAAGACUGUUACCGACGCUGUUGUUACUGUUCCAGCAAACUUCAGUAUCUCUCAGAGACAAGCCACCAAAGAUGCAGCAGUAAUUGCAGGUCUAAACGUUUUGAAACUAAUGAACGAAUCAACAGCGGUAGCGAUAGCUCAUGGUUUAUACAGACAGGACACAGAGAAGAGGUUCGCGUUGAUCAUUGACUUAGGAGGUAGUACCUUCGAUGCUUCCCUUGUUUCCAUUAUGAAUGGUAAUUUCGAAGUCAUAAAAACACUAGGCGAUAGUCAUCUCGGCGGAGAAGACUUCAAUGACAGAAUGGUGGAUUAUUUCGUUAAAACUAUCAGGAUGAACUACAGGAAAGACUUAAGAAUAAGGAUAGUCGAGAAUAUCAAGGUUCUUAAUCGAUUAAGAACCGCGUGUGAAAGGAGAACUUUGAGUUCAUCAACAGAAGCCAGGAUCGAAAUAGAUUCUCUCUUCGAGGGCAUUGAUUUCUACGUAGACAUCACCAGAGAGCAAUUCGAACAACUUUGCGAGGAUCUAUUCACAAGGAUAUUGAAUAUAGCUACAAGAGCUAGCUAUCCAUACAGUAUUCACCAGUUUGUUCUAGUUGGCGGAUCUAGCAGAAUACCAAAGAUUCAGAAAUUACUACAAGAUAGCAUAUGUUGCAAUUACACAGAAAUCAAUAAAUCGAUCAGUCCUGACGAAGCUGUUGCCUAUGGCGCAGCUGUACAGGCUGCUAUUUUGCACGGUGAUAAGUCGGAAGUACUUCAACGUUUAUCGCUAGUGGAUAUCAUUAACCUACCUUUGGGUAUAAAAGGAGCUUGUGGUGUCAUGAUACCCGUAAUCAAGAAGUACGAGAGGAUACCAAUAAAAGCAAUGAAAACCUACACAAUGUAUUCCGAUAAUCAAUCUGAUGUCCUGAUCCAUGUAUGCGAUGGAAACAGAGCUAUGACUAUAGAUAAUAAUAUUGUCGGCAAGUUCGAACUUACUGGCAUUCCACUUGCACCUAGGGGCGUACCUCAGAUUCAAAUAACAUUUGACAUCGAUGCAAGUGGUAUUCUGAUCAUCUCUGCCAUUGAGAAAUCAACUGGAAAGGAGCACAAAAUUACCGUCAGAAACCAAGAACGAUCGAAGAAAGGCAUCAACAGUAUGGCGGAGAAAAUGGAAAUGUACUGUAAGGUAGAUCAAGAUCAUAGGAUUGCUGCCAAGAACUCCUUGACGUUCUACUGUUUGAACAUGAAAAGUACAAUAAUGGAGGAUGAGAAGAUCAAAGAUAAGAGCGAUUCGUCUAACAAGCAGGAGAUUACUAAUAAAUGGAAUGAAGUAAUUUCAUGGUUGUAUGCGAAUCAAUCGACAAAGGAAAAAUUCGCCGAUAAACAAAAAGAAUUGGAAGCCAUCUGCAAUUCUAUUGUUAUAUUACUUAGUAGUGGAGCCGCACCUGGUGGAUUCCCUGGUGGAUUCUCUGGUGCUGCUCCAGGAGGCGGUAGCGCGGGUGCUCGAGAACCAGCCAUCGAAGAAGUUGGCUAAAUGCAACACACUGUCCACUGAACUGAACAUCUUUCUACGUUUCAUCUUAUUUAUUUCAAUAUCGCUUUGUACAUCGAUUUUCAUAUUUAUUAAAGAAAUAUUUAUGUUUUGA